CUCUCCAGACUGAAGUCUUAAACUCCAUUCUCCCUCAAGCAGCUGUAAGAGUGACCACUACAAAACAGCAGAUAAUUGGACGGUGUUGCUCACUCAUAGCGAGAGAGAGACAGAGUGAAAGACAGAGAGAGAGGCAGACGCUACAACAGACAAAGUUGGCAAAAACAGAGGGAUUUCCUAGAAAUGCUUUUGAUUUGAUGUCCAGGCAUCUGUGCUGAUAAAGAGUUUAAAAUCGUCCUGGACUGGAAGUGAACAUGAAGAGUUUCACCGUCAGACUGUCCCAGCUGAUUGCCAUAACAACAGUUUUUCUCUGUGUGGGAAGUUCUGGUCUGGAACUCAGUCCAAACAUUUCAGAAGUCAUCCUCGACACAAACUCCUCCCUCAGCAUCACCUGCUCCGGCUGGAGUAACGUCACCUGGCGCUUCAAACGGGAAGAGAUCAUCCCACAAUUCCACAUCCAGAUGCGCAGUCCCACCUCCAGUGUUCUGAGCUUAGAGAACGUGACGUGGAUACACACGGGUGUGUAUGUGUGCUCGGAGAACGCCACAAACGAGACCAGAGAGGUGGCUGUGUUUGUGCCUGAUGCUGAGGUGUGGUUUCUUAAAAACGAGCACAUGAUGGUGACUAAGACGCGAGAGGAAGGCACAGUCCCGUGUCUGGUGACGGACCCGCGGAUAAACGUCACCCUGUACGAGAGAGACAGUGAGAUGCCAGUGGAGGGAUCGUACAACCCCAGCGUGGGCUACACCGCCGCCCUGGAGGACAGAACAUAUAAAUGCAAAGGAGAACUGAACGGGGUGGAGAAAGAGUCGAUAACCUUCUACGUCUUCAGCAUCUUCGUUCCCGAAGCGCUGGACCCCUACAUCAACGCCUCCAAAACCAUCCUGAAACAGGGCGAGUCACUGGACGUUAACUGCACCGUUCAUGGUGUGGAGCUUGUCUUCUUCACCUGGGACUUUCCCAACAAAGACAUGUGGAACAUUGAGCCCUUGACAGACAUGCUGUCCUCCAUGAGCAUGCGGUCCUUUCUCAAUAUCACGGCUGUCACGCUGGCCAGCUCUGGAGAGUAUGUUUGUCACGUCCACGAGAGUGUACAAGACCAGAGAUCUUCAGCGAGUAUCAACAUCACAGUACUGGAGAGAGGUUUCGUGGCCCUGCGUUCACAUCUGGACCGGAACAUCUCAGCACAGCUGGGAGAAACCAUGGAGAUGAAGGUGGAGAUCGAGGCAUAUCCCAAACCCUCUGUACGCUGGACUAGAGAAGGAACCGUAAUCGGUGGACACAACACGAGACAGACCCACGAGACCCGGUUUGUCAACACUUUGACUCUGGUCAGGAUUCGUCUUGAGCAGAUGGGACUCUACACAGUCAGCGUCCAAAACGAAGAUGAUGUUAAAGAGAUGACCUUUGACCUAGAGGUUAAAGUUCCUCCUCAGAUUACUGAACUCUCGGAUCAUCAUCUGCCCGGGAAGAAGCACGCGGUCACCUGUACGGCAGAGGGUGUGCCAUCUCCCAGCAUUCAUUGGUUCAGCUGUGACAGCAUGCCCAAGUGCAGUAACAGAAGUGCACUGUGGAGCCCUCUAGUGGACAAUCCAGAGAGUGUCACUAUUCACACUAAUGUCACAUAUAACAACUCACGCAAGAUUCACCAGGUGCACAGUCAGGUGAUUCUCCUGAGGCCACAGCUGCUCACCAUCCGCUGUGAGGCGAAGAACGAGAGAGGAGCCCGAGCCAGAGACAUCAGACUCGUCAACAACACGCUGUUCUCUCAGGUGGCCGUUCUGGCCGCUGUGUUAGCGCUAGUGGUGAUCGCCAUCAUCUUCAUCAUCAUCCUCAUCGCUUUGUGGAGGAAGAAGCCACGGUAUGAGAUCAGAUGGAAGGUGAUUGAAUCUGUCAGUUUGGACGGACACGAGUACAUUUAUGUUGACCCCAUUCACCUGCCCUAUGACCUCACCUGGGAGAUGCCUCGAGACAGUCUGGUGCUGGGUCAUACACUGGGAUCUGGAGCGUUUGGCCGUGUUGUCGAGGCGACGGCAUACGGUCUCGGUAGUGCUCAAUCAGCUACUAAAGUAGCAGUAAAAAUGCUCAAAUCGACGGCGAGGAGGAGCGAGACACAGGCUCUGAUGUCUGAACUGAAGAUCAUGAGUCAUCUCGGGCCUCAUUUGAACAUUGUGAACCUUCUGGGUGCCUGCACCAAACAAGGUCCAAUAUAUCUGGUGACAGAAUACUGUCGCUAUGGUGAUCUGGUGGAUUACCUGCACAGGAACAAACACAGCUUCCUGCAGUGCUUAUCAGACAAGAACCAUGUCACCAACGGCGACGGCAGUCAGAUCUGUUACGAUACUGAUAAGCCAACAGGAAAAGGAUACGUGUCGUUCGGCAGUGAGUUUGAUGGAGGUUAUAUGGACAUGACUAAAGAUGCUCAGACAGAAUAUGUUCCAAUGCAAGAGCUCACAGACACUAUCAAGUAUGCUGAUAUCCAACCGCCCCCCUAUGAGUCACCUUACCAGCAGGACAUCUACCAGGAGCAAGGUCACAGAGUGGAUCAUUCUUUGGUCAUCAGUGAUUCUCCAUCUCUCAGUUAUAUUGAUCUGGUGGGUUUCAGUUAUCAGGUGGCCCAAGGCAUGGAGUUCCUUGCAUCCAAGAACUGUGUUCAUCGAGAUCUUGCCGCAAGAAACGUGUUGAUCUGUGAAGGCAAACUGGCCAAGAUCUGUGACUUCGGUCUCGCCCGUGACAUCAUGCACGACAACAAUUACAUCUCUAAAGGAAGCACGUUUCUUCCUCUGAAGUGGAUGGCACCUGAGAGUAUCUUUCAUAAUCUGUACACCACACUGAGUGACGUCUGGUCUUACGGGAUUUUACUGUGGGAGAUUUUCACUCUGGGAGGAACUCCUUAUCCAGAUCUGCCCAUGAACGAGUUAUUUUACAGCGCUCUGAAGAGAGGUUACCGCAUGGCCAAACCUUCAUACGCCUCCGAGGAAAUUUAUGAGGUCAUGAGGAAAUGUUGGGAUGAGAAGUUUGAAAAGCGGCCCGAGUUCUCCAUUCUGGUGCACACGAUGGGGAACAUGCUCUCAGACGGAUAUAAAAAGAGAUACUCUCAAGUGAACGACAGUUUUCUGAAGAGCGAUCACCCCGCAGUGGCGCGUGUGAAGCCGCGGGUCCCCUCUCCUUUUCCGGGCACCUUCUCUCCUGAGUCUCCCUUCUUACAGUUUCCUCCAGACUCGAACACAAGCCCGACCGCAGACGCUCCGCAUAACGAGUACAUCAUUCCCAUCCCCGACCCGAAGCCAGAGGAAGAGAUUCCAGACGGGCUGGUGCCCGCCGAAAGCCCCUCGAGCUCAUUGAGCUCUGAUGAGGAGACGGUCUCCAUGGAAACCCCGAGUACUGAUCCCGAGCGAGAGGAGCUGCUGCCGGAUAAUUCUGGAACUCCAGAUGUGGAGGAGAGCUUCCUGUGACAUCCAACUUGCUGUCACUGAGUAGUGAAAAUUCUCAUUUUGAGCAAAUUAUUAGAAGAUGAUAUACAUCGAUAGCAAACAAAUGUGCAAAAAUACAGUCUGUGGAUAUCCAAGACUUCCUCAUAAUUUCAUACACAUUUAAAGCAGUUAUUCUCAACCGCUGAAACAUGGUUUAUUAUUUUUAGUGGAGUGAGUCAUAGGCUGCAGGGAAAUUUAAAAGACAUUUAGAACAUUUCAUGUUCGAUUUAAGGGCAUUUUUGUUUACUUUUGUACGAUAAUUACGGCACUGUGUUGGGUCUCCACUUGAUGUCCAAUAUAAAAUCUGUGUCCUGAUGGAAAACCAGGUGAGAACAUUGUUUUAGAGGAUCAUCUGUGAAGGUUUGAGCAAAAACCACAUGACAUAUUUUAAAUGUUUGCAUUCUUUUUUUUUUGGGGAUUUUUCCCCUUUUCUCCCUAAUUUGGAAUGCCCAAUUCCCAAUGUGCUUUUGAGUCCUUGUGGUUGCAUAGUGAUUUGCCUCAGUCUGGGUGGCAAAGGACAAAUCCCAGCUGCCUCUGUGUCUGAGACCACCAACCCAUGCAUCUUAUCACAUGGCUUGUUGAGUGUGUUGCCACGGAGACAUAGCACAUGUCUCACGCCAUCCACUGCGGCAUCCACGCUCAACUCACCACACGCCCCACUGAGAACAAACCACAUUAUAGUGACCACGAGGAGGUUACCCCAUGUGACUCUACCCUCCCUAGCAACUGGGCCAAUUUGGUUGCUUAGGAAGCCUGGCUGGAGUCACUCAGCACACCCUGGGAUUUGAACUAGUGAACUAGUGAACUCCAGGGGUGAUAGCCAGCAUAUUUUACCACUGAGCUACCCAGGCCCCGUUUGUAUUCUUUUUUUAAUAAACUGGUACAGUGCAGUAUUAUGAACUGCUGAAGGCAUAGCUACAAUCAGUUCAUCUUUAGACGUGUGCUUUUAUAAAUAUAUAUUCCAAGGUUGAUGUUUUAAGAACUCUUCUGCGAUACGAAUCAGUAGACUUCAUAAUCGGUUGGGUUAUGUUAUAGGAGGUUUUUAAAUUUUGCUUGUUUUUUGAGUUACAAUUCGUUCUCCGCUAAGCCUAUUGCAAAACAUUAUUCAAACUGUGUAUUCUAUUCAGGCUUUGUAUUUCUAUUUUAGAUUUUAGCAAGAGAUUUUUAAAGAUCCAUGUAGCAAAACUGCACUUUGAUAUUUUAUGGGUAAUGGAAGCAAACAGAUUAUACAAGCUAUUUCUUUUUUAUUAUAGUGCUGUGGAAAUGUAUUUGCCCCCAUCCUGAUUUCUUCCAUUUUUGUGUAUUUUUCAUACUAAAUUGUUUUAGAUCUUCUAACGAGAAAUAACAAAGGCAAUCUGAGUAAACACAAAAUACAGUUUUCAAAUAUAUUUUUAUUGAAGCAAAAAAGUUAUAAAAUACCUAUAUCACCCAUGUGAAAAACUAACUGCCCCCUUAAACUUAUCGCUGGUUGUUUCACCUUUAGUAGCAACAAUUACAACCAAACUCUUCCGAUAACUGGAGAUCAGUCUUUCACAACACUGUGGAGGAAUUUUGGCCCACCUGCCAGAUGUAACGGGACCCCUGUUUUCCAAACAGUUCCACUUUCGACUCAUCAGUCCACAGAACAUUCUCCCAAAAGGUUUGAAGAUCAUCAAGGUGUGUUUUGGCAAAAUUCAGACGAGCCUUAAUGUUCCUCUGGGUUAGCAGUGGUUUCGCCUCGCCACUCUUCCAUGGAUGGCAUUUUUGGCCAGUGUCUUUCUGAUAGUGGAGUCAUGAACAGUGACCUUUAGUGAUGCGAGACAGGCCUGAAGUUCCAUGGAUGUUGUCCUUGGCUUUUUUGUGACUUCCGGGAUGAGUCGUCGCUGUGCUCUUGGAGGAAUUUCAGAAGGUCGGCCACUUCUGGGAAGGUUCACUACUGUGCCAAGUUUUCUCCAUUUGGAGAUAAUGGCUCUCACUGUGGUUCUUUGGAGUCUCAGAGCCUUUGAAAAAGCUUUGUAACCCUUCCCAGACUGAUGUAUUUCAAUCACCUUUUUCCUCAUCAUUUCUGGAAUUUCUUUCAUCCUUGGCAUAGUGUGCUACUGGGUGAGACCUUUUAGCCAACUGCAUGCUGCUGAACUCUAAACCUAAACUCAAUUUAGGUGUUGAUUUGAUUGAACAGGGCUGGAAGUAAUCAGAUCUGGGUGUGUCUAGUCCAGCUGAACCCCAUUAUGAAUGUAGUUUCAUAGAUUUGGGGAUUUAGUAACUGGCCCAGUUGGUACUGGAUAACUAUUUUGCUUCAAUAAAUAACAUUAUCAUUUUAAAACUGUAUUUUGUGUUUAUUCAGAUUGCCUUUGUUUAUGUUAGAUUUCGUUUGAAUUUUUGAAACUAUUUAGUAUGAGAUAUACACAAAACAGAAGAAAUCAGGGUGGGGGCAAAUACUUUUUCACAGCACUGUACAUUCCAUAAAGGGAACCAAGAUUGAACAGAAGAUCGAAUGUAUUGUUUAGUUCAGGAUGGCUUAUGCAGCAAAAGUUUAUUUUGUUUUGUUCAAGUUGUGUCAAGAUGUACAACAUGGUUCCAAAUGAUCAAAUCAUGGUGCACUUCAAUCUGAAAGUUAAUGAUUUUUCCAUCCAAAGCACAUGAAGGAUGUCGGAUAUCAGAACCCUCAAACUGAUGCCGAUUUCUCAGCCUUGUUGAGAUUAAACCCCACAUUGUUCGAUUAAACUAUAAAGCAUCCCAAGUUUUUAAUUUGUUUUAUUAGUACCACCCAAAUAAUACAUCUGCCAUCCUAACUGAAGUGUCAAAUGUAAAAUUCUCUUGCACAAUGUUUGAUUCAUGCAAACACUUUAUAGUACAGUUUGAGGUUUUAUCUUGUCGUUCUUGAUUUUAACACUAAUUGUUUGUAUGCACAAGGCCUUAUUAAAUUGCACAAUUCAAUACACAUAUUACAUAGUAAAGUUACACACUCUAAGGUACCAAAGCUUUAUGUUUGUUUACAAGUAUAUUUUUGUAGAGAUAUUUUGUACUUUGUUCUUUUACACAUACUAUGUACUAUAAAAAUAAAAACUGCAAUAAAGACUUUAA